AUUUGACCUUGACCGCUCUGCUACUAAAUACUACUAGAUAUAGUGUGUUUUUUUAUGUCUGGAGAAAGUGAGAGAAAACAAUGGUGAAGCGGAGGCAAGCGCAUUUGAGCAAGGAUUCAAAGGUGGAAGUUUGUAGCAACGAAGAGUGUUACAGAGGUCCAUGAUCCUCAGCCACAAUCCUUGACCGUGAACCAUCAGAUCCGGCCACAAACAACAAAAGGAACAACCUUGGCAACUCAAGCAAGGCUCUGGCGCAGUACGAUAAUCUGGUCUCUGACGACGACCCAAACAAGCCACUCACUGAGCUUGUUGACGUGCUCUCCAUCCGGCCAGUGGCUCCUCCUGACAAUCCUGACCAGCACUUCGAGCCAGCCGACGGCGUAGAUGCCUCUUACCUUGAUACUUGGUGGGUGGGGGUUGCGAUGAAGUUUGAGGACGACAAGUAUACGGUGGGUUUCAAAAACCCAUCUGAUCUGCUUCAGCUGCGGCCUCCUUGGGAUUUGGAGGACCGCAUAUGGCUGCGGCCUCCUUGGGAUUUGCAGGACGGCAUAUGGGUUCGUAACCGGAAGGAGAGGAUGGCGGAGGCAAUUUUCAGCCUUGGGACAGGAGUGGAAGUAAAUCUCAACGAAAAAAAUCUAUUGUGUGCUUGGUUCCCAACAAUUUAUCUUGCUGAGCUAGGGGUCAUCAACUCUUUCUUGCUUCAAUUUAAGAGCUCAAACAACUGUGAUGUUAAAGGGGUUGUAAAUGGUCCUCAGCUUCCGGAAUCAGGCAAAAUAUUUUUGAACUUGAUGGAAAUGGUGGAUGCAUUCUAUGAUAUGGGUUGGUGGGUCGGACAGAUUACACAAAAUCUUACAGAAGAAAAGUAUCUGGUCCGUUUAAAAUUCACAAAGCAGGUAAAGGAAUGCAGUCCUUCAGACUUGAGGCCUCACAUGGAAUGGACGGAUAGCGGAUGGGUUACUGAGACCAAUGGAACAUGGGCUGAUUGCUUUCAGAGGAUGGCGGAGGCAAUUUUCAGCCUUGGGACAGCAGAUUCUGAACUAAAAGGGGGAGCUGAGAGGGAGCUACAAUUGGAUGAUGGAGAUGCUGGAGAUGCUGGAGGUGAUAUAGAUACUAGAGGUGCUGGAGAUGCUGGAUGUGAUGGACAUGAUGGAGAUGCUGGAGAUGCUGGAGGUGCUGGAGGUGAUAUAGAUACUGGACAUGCUGGAGAUACUGGAGAUGCUGGAGAUGCUGGAGACGUUGAUCCUGAUAAAAAGGUGGAUGUUUUCAGGGUAGUUGAAGCCGAGCUUCAAUACUUCGUGAACGAAAUAGACCUUAUUCACUUCAAUUCCGGACAGGAGCUGAAGGAUGGAAUUGAAGCUUUACUCCUGCAAGAAAGUGCACGGUUGCAUGAGACUUCCAAUACCCCAUUGAUCUCAAAAUUUACUUUCAUGUACUCUGCUAUAAAUGGUGAUGAAUGGAUUGAACUCCCCAUCGAUGAGAUGGAUUGGGUGGACUUUGCAGCAUGUACGCCAUAUUUACGCCUUCGAUGUGCUUCUUGAGAUAGAUGAUGUUGAUGUCCAGGAGUUUUAAGGUAGAUGAUUUUGAUGGCGGGAUAGGCCACUUCCUCGGACCUGUGCGAGUUUUUGACCAUAAUGACAUUCCUAGUUUGGAGGAGACGGUUACAAGAAUGAUCAGGCCACAUUAUCCUGAAAGUGAGUUCCAGGUCAAGUAUUACAGUUAUGAAGAUCUAGACGGUGACUCUAACAACAAUGAUCCUCGUAACAUUGUUCAGCUGGAUGUAUCCACUUUGGGUUGGGAGGAAGUCGUAAUGGAAUUAGACGUGGUAAGGGUCAAGCCUUUUAAUCCUCCUCAGUUGCUGUGGGUAGCAAAACUCCAUGAAAGACAGUUAUGCUUGGCUGGAUGUUGCCGGUUGUGCUUGGUGCUAUUCUAAUGUCUGCUCUAUUUUGCUUCUAUGGUUUGUCGCCUUAUUUUGUUGUAGUUAAGAAUUCUGGCGGUGACAUGUACGGUUUGGAGUUGAAAAAGUAGGGGAAAUACUAUGAACCGAGUGCUAUUCUCUUAAGCAUAGUUAUUAUAAUGCCUUUUGGACAAAAAUUUGUCUCCCUUGGAUUGCUCAAUUCUCAUGGCUCAUAUGCUUCAAACAACACUGUUUUUGUUAAGUGCAGGUUUUUCCUGUUAACUUUUUUUUAUUUUAUAUAAUAUAAAUAUCAGUUGUGUGCAAA